AUUUGUUGCUUUGCCACGUAACCCUCUACGUUUUGUGACUAACGGACGGCUUCGGUAAAAGUGUCUCUAGGAGGGUUUAAAACCUGCGAGUCGCUACGAGCUGUUUCCUGUCUCCCAUUGUUAUCUGCUGUUAGCUAGCUGACAGCUAACGAGAUAUUGCUAGUUUAAAGGGUCAUGCUUAGCAAGUGAACAAAACAAUGGAAGGGAAAGGCCCAUACCGCAUCUACGAUCCGGGUGGGAGUGACAUCAAGUCCAGGGAUGAAGCUGCAGGAGGAAGCAGCUAUCGACAGCUCCUGGAAGAGAACAGCAUGCUGAGGGAGAGGAUGAAGGGUCUUAAAAGUCUAGGUGACUUGCUCGAAGAAUCUCAAUUAGAAGCGUCGAGGCUUCGUCAGCGAGUGGAGGAACUUGUAAGAGACAACGAGGCCCUCAAGUCCUCCAGCUUUGCAGCCAGUCUUUGUGCGGGUGGACACGUUCAGACCGAAACACAAAGUAAACCUUUUUUGUAUCCCGCCGCUGAGCCAAAGGAAGCAGAUGCAAGCUGUUUAGCAAGGACCAUUCAGCCUAACAGACUUAAUGUGGCCUUAUCAGAGUUUGAAGUGGUCAAUAUGGACAGGAGGACAUCAGAUGCCUUGACUGCCCGAUCUGCCGUAGGAGUAAUCCCUCUCCUGCCUCAGGAGAAUGUGGAGCUAGCGAGCCAGUUGAAGAAAUUGGAGAGCUCCUUCAGCAUAUUCGCGGAGGAGUCCAAUCCAAACCAGCUCUUGGCUCACCUGGGACGAAUGGCUGUGGAGUUUCACCAUCUUUCUUCUAAGGUCCAAAAGAAUGAACAAAGGACGUCCCUCCUUCAGACUCUGUGUGAGCAGCUCAGACAGGAGAACAAUGAACUUCGGAAGAAAAUGGAGGAGGAUCAUCAUAUCAGGAAUCGAGACUUGGAGCAGCUAAGACAAGAAAAUCAGAAACUGAAGGAACUUGUGACAGGAGCAGCAGCAGUGGCAUCAACAUCAGCAGCAGCAGCAUCAUCAUCGUCGUCAUCUACGGCAGUGUCUGACACUGAAACUCCCGACACCAAAGAUGAGCCAGUUAAUGAGGAAUGUGCUACGGUGAGACCAAAGAUGGAAGCCUCCACCCCUCAGAAGAGUGGAAAAGCUGCUGACAAAAGCCCAAACAAGCCUUGUGAUGUUGAAAUGUAUGAACAAAAGAUCAAGCUCCUCGAGAAGCAAAGAAAAGAUGUACUGGAGGUGAAUAAGCAGUGGGACAUUCAGUGGAAUUCAAUGAAGUCACAAUUUGAACAGAAGAUCACGGACCUUAGACAGAGGCUUGCAGAUUCCCAGAAGACUGUGCUUGAACUAGAAGCAGAGCGAGAGCAAAGACAGCGUGACUACGAAAAGAAGUUGCUCCUGGCAAAGUCCAAGAUUGAAAAUGUGCAGGGUGAGAAAGAGUGUCUGAACACCGAAACCACAGCGUUAAAGCAGAAAGUUCGUUACCUGGAGGACCAGCUGUUGCCCCUCAGCAAACAGCGGGAAUACCAGGAGAAGGAAAUCCAGCGCCUCAACAGGGCUUUAGAAGAGGCCUUAAAUUUGCAUGCCCCUUCAUCCUCCCAACAACAACCUGGCCAGGAUGCUGGUAGUAACCUGAAGAAGCAGGAACUACUAACUCAAAUUGCUGUUCUAAAAGAACAGGUUAAAAUUUUUGAAGAAGACUUCCGAAAAGAACGUAGUGACAGGGAGCGGAUGAAUGAGGAAAAAGAAGACCUGAGGCGGCAGGUGGAGCGACUGCAGAUUCAGAUUACGAAUUUGACCAAUCAGCUGCACCAGGCACAGAAUGAAUGUCAGCGAGAACACACAGAACGAUGCAAGCUAGAAAGACUGCAGAUGCAGCAUCACAAGCAGGGGCAGCAACAGGAACGACGUACCUCAGACCCCACGUCAGGCUCAAUGAACGGCCCGCUGAGUCCCCCCUACUGUGGUCCCUUUGUGCAGGUGGGACCGCAGGGCCUUGAGGGCUGGCCCAUACACUUCCAUCCCCGGAUGCCCAAUGCAGCGGCAGCCGCCACAGCUGCCGCAGCUCCACCUCAUGUGCGAGACUUCCAGCCUGUUACCCCGGGUUUUCCAUGGCAGUCAUCAUCAUUUCUACAGCCCAGAGGAGCUAGAGCAGUGGGGGAGAGUUCACGACCAGCACCAGAUAAUGCAGCAGAUCAGUCCGCCGCCGCCGCCGCACCAGCAGCAUCGGCAUCAGCGACAGUGGCUGCCGCUGCAGGAGGAGGAUUUGCAAAAAGGGAGCGACAAAAUAUAGAUCCUGGAAAGCACUGAAGUGUCAGUCACCAUGUCAUGGAAAAUGGGUUGUAGCAUGGAUGGAAUCAAUGUUUUGAUUUGAAAAGGUGUAAUCUGAUCCAUAAUUUUCCUAUUGAACUGUAGAUAUCCUAUUGUAAUGUUGUUUAUACUUGCGUUUUAUAAGGCUAUUUGUGGAACACUUCACUAUUCUGAAUAAACAUUUUUUUUUUUAAAUCAUGUACUAUAGUUUGUUAUACUUAACAUUUUUUUCCCCCCAGAAAAUAUAUAACUUCCCUGUUACAAUCUGCUACAACUUGAUUUAGUUUGUAGGUUUACAGUAAACCAUUCCCAUGAAUGAGCAAAACGUAUCUUUCCAACAAUGGAUGACGACGUAGCCAAAUUCAAUCUCUGAAUUUACAAAGUAAAUGUUAAUUGACUUCAGAAGACUUCUACAUUACAUUGAUGUGAUAGAAAUUGUCCCCUAUGUGUAAGUGUUCAAAAUGUUGCAAACAUUUGGGCGGCGUUAGAGGGGAUUUUGACAUACCAAAAACACAUUUGUGAUUUAUUUAUAACCUGCCGUUUUGAUAGUUGCAUUGACUUAAGUGUGAAUCAUUGUCUUUUAGUAAUGCUGCUCAAUGUCGUUAGUGUAUUCCUGAUAUAAUUGUAGCUAUUUACAUGUUUGUGUCAAGACACAGUACACAACAGAUACACGAGCCUUUCUUUUCACCAUGAUGAUGGACCUAAUCUCAUUAAACAGCUCUUAUUUUUUCUUUUUGGGCCACUUGUCACUUGAUCUUGUAAUCUCAUGAACCUGUUAGCCCUGUGUAGUACCACAGAACAGUUUUGCAAUCUUUUCAUAGCUAAAUUAUAAACAGUAGAUAUUCACAGAGGAUGUCUGGGUUAAUAUCACAUCUGCCCCAUGACAUUGAGUCAAGAGCCCUGAUAUAUUUUUUUUUCAAGUAUCAAAUCAAUACUAAUGUCUAAACUGAAUACUGUGUUAUGAGGUAGUCAGAUGAAGGGCUUCUAAAAUUGUGCAGUCUUGACAAUUUUUUUUUUUAAACUGUUGUUAGGUUACAAGAAAUCAAAUCAGAUUGGUGGAAAGUGAAGGGAAAUGUGCACUUUUCAAAAAGGUAUUCUUUUAUUACUGGCGGUUGUAUUUCUUGGUUUGCAGCCCUUUUUCUGUUUUGCUGUAGGCAAAAGCACAUGUGAGAUCUUUUGUAUUUGACUGGCUUAAUAAAUCUAUUCUAAAUGUUUA